AUGGCGACAAACAAUAUUCCAGUACUUCUUCUGUCCGCGACCUGCAGACCCGUGGCCGUCUCGGCAAUUACUAGCAGCUUGAUGCUUCAGCCGAGUGACAUCCAAAUGAUAGAUGGCGAGCUGACACGGCCCGAGAUUCGCCUGAUUCGGGUGACGAUGAAGUCCACACUGAGCUCCUGUGACGAUCUACUUAGGUUAUUUGCGCCGUACACAGUCACCUCGGCAAGGGAGACUGUACCCAUGAUAAUCUACUCAGGUACUCGCAAUCGCACUUUCCAAGUUAUGAAAGUGGUCAACGAAGCACGGAAUACACCUCAUCACGAGUACGACCCAAACGAUCAGUUCAUACGCCGAUACCAUUCGGUUAAUAGUGACGAGGACAAGGCUCGUGUGAUGGACGACUUUGGGGGUGGCAAGGUCCCCGUGAUUUCGGCAACGAUGGCCUUGGGGCUGGGCCAAAAUCUCAAACGUGUACGGUGUGUAGUACACAUGGGUCGGGGAGACCCUUCCGCAAUUGGGCAGAUGGUUGGAAGGUGUGGGAGAGAUGGGAAUGUGGGGUUAGGUCUGUUGUUCAUGGAGCCAACGCGCAAGAAUGGCCGGAAUUCUGUUGCUGAAUUUACUCCGGGUUUGGAACAAAAUGACGACAUGCGGAUGGACGCUUUGGCAGUCACAAGUGUAUGUUUGAGGAUAGCCCUCAAUUUGGAUAACAAGUGUGGUUAUAUCCCCCUAGAUCCAAACGACCCAAACGUCCUCCAGGAGCAGGCCCGUGAGGACCGCCUAGGCUUCCAGAAAUGCAAGUGCUCAUGCUGUGCCCCACAGGAAGCAGAAUGCCUCAUGAAUGUGAUUCAGCAGACAACAGUUGGGAACUUUGACUCUAUUCUCAAUGACCCAUGGUCGGUUCCAAAGGAUCCCAGAAUAGUCACCAUGAAGCGAAAGCUUAGGAGUCACAUACCGAAGGGGACAUGUUGUUAUCCAAAGGAUGUGGCCGAGGACCUUGUGCAACACUUAUUGGCCAGCUUUGAGGUCUUUUACGUCGAUGUCUUGGGGCCAAGGCCUGAAUUCCUACCCUCCGUCUUUUUUGGAAUCGAUGAAGCAAGAGCCAUUGUUGCAACAAUCGAUCAAAUUUGUGCGGGGGACCUACUCAACCAAACCCUAUUGGAGAGGGUGAUUGGGGGGCAAUCAUUCAAAGGCCAGAUUGAGUCCCACAGCUCGGCUAUCAUGACCUGGAUGAAUGGAGAAUUAUACAAACUCCACCUCCACAAUAUCACACAGCUGGAUAUGUUCAUUGAGGCUGAAGGCAUACGGGUGCGGCAGGCAAUGGCUGACGAGCUAUCAGGCCUUCAAGAGGUGGCAGCGGCCCGCAGGCAUGCAGAUUUGGAGCUGAAGCGGUUGAAAAAGUCGGAGGCAAAGUCACAAGCAGCGGAGGCACGAGCGGCAGCCCGCUUGAGCAAGGCGGCUGACCUUGCGGUUGAGAAGGCUCGGUUACUUAGUGAGAAGGCGGCAGAUAAGGCUCGGAGGGAAGAAGAAAAACUCGCAAGGCUCAAAAGUGAAGCACAGACACGGGCGGCAGAGAAGGCCACGAUAAAGGCUCAAAGAGCGGCAGAGAAUUCAAAUAAGGCUGAGACCAAAGGAGGGAAAAAACAACGCAAACCGCAAGAUUGGGCAAGCAAGAAGGCAGCCCGGCAGCUUCAAUUGGUUCGAAACCUUGCGGCAAGGAAGACAGCUUGUUUGGACACCUCAAAAUGUGUGGACGAAAUGUCACAAGAAGACGACAUAACUAUGGAUAACGGCAUUGCAGGAGGGAUCAAUGAUGGGAAUGCAAAAGGACAAGAAUACAAUCAGGUUCAGCAAUUGUUUCAACCACCUGUUGUUUUCCCUGGAGUCGAUGAAGAUAGGUCGGCUGGUCGAGCGGGGAGGGUAGCCAAGCCCUACAUGUAA